GCGUAGCUCUUUGCUCUCUGCUCAUUGUGCGACUACGGCGAGAGAAAUUUCCGCUUCCUGCGCCGAUAAACACCCCCCAACCAAAACCAAGUUGGGGUAGGGAGAGGACACACAGACGUACGCGGGGAUUUGCCGCCUGCCUACGGGUUUAAACCACCCUGACGACUGCAAUGGUUUCACUAUCAGGCGGCGAAUAGCGCAAAACGUUAUCAACUUUGCGUUCACACUGUACGUUACACGGGAGCGUUUCGCGCACUUGCACUACUGCAGGAGCCUGAAAAAAAUAGGCAAAGAAAGGAGGAGGACCACAGAAAAAAAGGACAACACAUACACACACACAGAGAGAAGCCAGGCUACGGGUAUUUCUCCUCGCAGCUCCGACUGAAAGCCCGUUUUCAGCCUCCAGGAUGUCGGAGCGAGGAGGGCUCCCGCGGACUGGGGGCGUCCCUUCGCCGCACAUGCAGCCCUCCAAGCCGGUCUGCAUCACCUCCAACCGGCCGGUCCACAUGAACCUGUACGCUACCUGGGAGGUGGACCGCUCCUCACCCAGCUGUGUGCCAAGGCUGUUCAACUUGACUCUGAAGAAGCUGAUCAUGCUAAAGGAGCUGGAUAAAGACCUCACCUCUGUGGUCAUCGCCGUCAAACUGCAGGGUUCAAAGCGGAUACUGCGCUCCAACGAGAUCCUGCUGUCCUCAGCAGGACUGACAGAGACCGACCUGCAGCUCACCUUUUCCCUGCAGUACCCACACUUCCUAAAGAGGGACGCCAACAAGCUUCAGAUCAUGCUGCAGCGACGGAAGCGCUACAAGAACCGGACCAUCCUGGGCUACAAGACCCUGGCCCUGGGUCUCAUCAACAUGGCCGAGGUGAUGCAGCACCCCAGUGAGGGGGCCCAGGUCCUGGGGCUCCACAGCCAGCUGAAGGACGCCUCGUUGCCCGUCGCUGAGAUCAGAGUCUACUCACUAUCCAGCCAGCCCAUCGACCACGAGGGACCCAAAGCAAAGAUGUCUGAUCGCUCCCCAGACAUCGACAACUACUCCGAAGAGGAGGAAGAGAGCUACUCGUCAGAACAGGAGGGCAGCGACGACCCCAUUCAUGGACAGUACCUAUAUGACGAAGAAGACGAGGUGAGAAAGAAGAAGCCGAGGCGAAAGCUCCCCUCCAAUGCCGCCAUCACCAGACAACCCAACAUCAAGCAGAAGUUUGUUGCCUUGCUGAAAAGGUUUAAAGUCACCGAUGAGGUCGGUUUUGGCCUGGAGCAUGUGUCGAGGGAGCAGAUCCAGGAGGUGGAGGAGGACCUAGAUGAGCUCUACGACAGUCUGGAGAUGUACAACCCCAGCGACAGCGGGCCGGAGAUGGAGGAGACCGAUAGCAUCCUCAGCACACCCAAACCUAAGCUAAGGCCCUUCUUUGAGGGAAUGUCUCAGUCCAGCUCCCAGACGGAGAUCGGCAGCCUGAACAGCAAAGGCAGUUUGGGUCGAGACACUUUCAGCCCGCAGGGGGAGCAGCCUGCUUUAGAGAAGAUGAAACACUCUCGCAGCCGCAACCUGGAGGAGGCCCUGUCUGAGACCGACACACUGGAGCUAACAGAUCAGGAGCUGUUUGCUGAGGUGGGCCCCUGCAUCAUGGUGUCAGUAGCAGAGAAACCCCGUACACCUCUGAAGAGCAGCAAAAGUGAAAUUCAGGCCAUGCCAUCACCAAGGUUGGACGGGGGCCAUACGCCCAGACAAAAGCGCAUUAGCACUCCCAUGAAGGAGAGACAGCUGUCCAAACCCUUGAGCGAACGGACCAACAGCUCAGACUCGGAGAGAUCCCCGGAGCUGGGACACAGCACGCCGCUCCUGAGGAAGGCAGUGUACGACCAGCUGAACCAUAUUCUGUUGUCGGACUCUGCCCUCCCAGAGAGUCUGAUCUUGGUCAACGCCACUGACUGGCAGGGUCAGUAUGUUGCAGAGCAGCUCCAGGUACAGAGGCACCCGGUGGUCUGCACGUGUUCGUCGGCUGAAAUCCAGGCGGUGCUGUCAGCUGUGCUCACUCGCAUCCAGAAAUUCUGUAACUGUAACUCGUCCAUGCCCAGAGCGGUGAAAGUGGCGGCGGUGGGCAGCCAGAGUUACCUAGGAGCCAUCCUGCAGUUCUUUGUCACUCAGCUCGCCAGCAAGACGUCCGACUGGCUCAACCACAUGCGCUUCCUGGUCGUGCCUUUGGGCUCCCACCCGGUUGCCAAGCACCUCGGCGCCCUUGACAAUCGCUACAGCUCCUCCUUUCUGGACGGGGCGUGGAGAGACGUGUUCAGCCGCUCUGAGCCGCCACAGACAGAUCAGUUGGAUGUAGCGGCAAGAAUCUCCCAGUACAUUAGUGGAGCCACAGUCACACACCAGCUGCCCAUCGCCGAGGCCAUGCUCACCUGCAAACACAGGACGCGAGAUGAAGACUCCUACCAGAAGUUUAUUCCUUUUAUAGGGGUAGUGAAGGUUGGUCUUAUCGAGUCUGGUCCUUCUCCAACAGGAGAUACUGAAGAGGGCGUGGCAGUGAGUUUGGCUGUCCCAUCCACGUCUCCCCCCUCCCACAGCUCACCCACAGGGAUAAUUAAAGAGGCAGCCACGCCUCCCUCCUCCCCCUCUACGGGCAGCGUCCUGACAGUACAAGGGAGUCCCAGUAUGUCUCACGGUGUGGACGCCAUCGGCCUGCAGGUCGACUACUGGCUGGCCUCCCUGGCUGAGAAGCGGAGGGAGGGCGAGCGACGUGACACGGGCUGCAAGAACACACUGAAGAGCGCCUUCCGCUCACUGCAGGUCAGCAGGCUCCCAGGCGGGGGCAGCAGCGACCCACAGGCCCAGGUCAGCACCAUGGCCAUGACCGUGGUCACCAAGGAGAAGAACAAGAAAGUUCCCACCAUCUUCCUGGGAAAGAAGCCAAGGGAGAAGGAUGUAGACUCAAAAAGCCAGGUCAUUGAAGGCAUCAGCCGACUCAUCUGCUCUGCCAAGCAGCAACAGACCAUCCUGAAAGUGUCCAUAGAUGGCGUGGAGUGGAACGACGUUAAGUUCUUCCAGCUGGCCGCCCAGUGGCCCACCCACGUCAAAUACCUACCUGUCGGACUUUUCGGCUACAGCAAGCCCCAAUCUUAGGGGUUCUCUGGUCCUGACUUGACCCUCAACUCUCCUCAAUCCUGUAACACCUUUUGCGCAAAGACCCCGCCUCAUAGCAACUGCCGAUCUGAGAGAAGACGUUGAGUGGCUGGACUGUUUUCAUUCGUUAGUUUCAUUUUGGAUACAGCCGUCUUAUUUCUCUUUGGAGAGGAGAGGACGAGGAGGAAGAGGGUGGUGCUGGGGUGCAGCAUUGUUACUAGUCACUUUAAUGCCCCAUUUUUGUGUGUGUGUGUGGCGAGUGUGCAUGCACCUGUGAAUGUACGGUGUGUCUGUGUGUAUGUGUGUGGGUGUUUACAAGGGGCUUACAGCACAAGUUUAUUAGCUAACUGCCAUUUACGUUUCCGUUCUAUGGAAUGCAAUAGCAUGCAACAACUCACAGUUUUUAAGCCCUUAAAGUCUGACCCUCAACUUUACGAACUCUUCAAGGUCCCACUCAUCUCACUCGAUCAAGACCUGAUCCACACAAGCAUGCUUACAGAUGCACCACUCGUGUGCCGCAAAACAAUAAUUUUAAAAAAAAAAAAAGUAUCACAAUAGAGCUUCAGUGUUUGCAUGAGCUAGCGAAAAACGCAAAGAAAAGUCUCCUCUGUUCACGAAAUGCUGUCAAAUACCAGGCCUGCAUGGGAUGAAUUUCAACAGAUCCCCUUCAAAAACAGUACUAUUAUUUUUAUUUCAAGGGCUUCCAUAUAAUUUAGAAUAUUUUUUUCUGUACCAAAAUAUUCAAAAUAAUUCAUUUGGAUGUCUAAUGCCAAAUGUUUCCUUUCAAAAAAGAAUAUAUAUAAAGGGGAAGUGUUUUUUAAAUUUGUGUUAUUGUGAAAAAUAGAAAAACCUUCCCUCGCGCUGUUUUGUGAUGCAUAGUGUACGUUUUUGUGAAGAGUUCCAGAAUUUCAGGGCAGGGGCUACUGUAACACGUAGGUUUCUUUAUCUUCUUAUUUGCUAUGCACUUAAAAAUACACAUCCGGGGGUUUGUAGAGUACAGCUGAAUAGAUUAACCCAAGCAAAUAUGCAACCUGAAACUGAAACAACAAAAUGCAUAUUUAAACAGUCCAAAACUCAGCAGCGUUGAUGGGAACAUGAUGGAUAAACUCUGUUUUUCCAUGAGUAUCUUUACCGAAAAAAUGGGAGUUAAACACUUGCAAUAAAGCACAAUGUUGUUUGCCAGUUGUCCCCAUAACAAUCUUUCUUUGUUGGCAACAGACUGGCAGCUUUCUCUUCAGUGAAAACAGUGGACCUGGUAAAAAAAAAAAAAAUAAAUAAAAGUAUAAGCAUUUUCCAUUUCUCUUCAGACUGCCUAAUAACCUUUAUUUUAUCAGGAAAAAAAAAAGUAUUUGGGUUGAUGUCAGUUGUUUUGACACAGUUCUGCUACAGGCUUUCUCUAGGAUGUCUUGAGGUGAUUAGUGAGUGUACAGUAACUGGUAACAAGUGUGCUUGUAUGUGGUGAAAUAAAUGUAAUGUGGUCAGAAACUUAAAAAAACUAAAUCACUAAAUAGAAGGAAUACUUUUUUCUACCAUGGGACAGAGAGCAUGCAAAAGGUGUGCAAGUGUGUGUGUGUGCAAGUGUGUGUGUGUGUUGCACUGUGUUGAUGAUGUGGUCAUUAUCAAUAUCAUUGACUAUCAGAUUAGGACUGCAAAAGCUGCAAUGGUCGUUCUGUUUACUUUGUAGCCUGGCACAAGGCAAAUUCAGAUUUUCCACCACUAAACACAAAAAAAAUACAAAAUCACAUAAUAAAAUUCUGUUUUAUUGAAAUAUGUCGAUUGAAAUUCAACUAACUUCGGUGCAAAUCCAAGAAUGUUAUCUGCAACAGUAGUUUAUAAUAAUUGUCCUAAAAGCAACAUGCAAUUCUUACCGGGCCCGUGUAGCUCUGCCUUGUGUCACCUACAUCGUAACACUCUCCCAUCUCCAGUAAAGUAUUAGAAAAAUUGUUUUUUUAAUAGUCUUAAUGCCAAUGUCUUUGAUUUAAAUGCUGUUUUUGUUGGUUUGAAAAUAGAUUGCUUUAGAUAGUUUUUUUUUUUUUCUCUCGAUAUUACACUGUUACAGUUGUGAUGUUAGCAGCACGUCUCAAACUCAGCUCAUUUUUCGGUUUGACAGCACCUGUUACACGUAUAGGUUUCACACCGGAGGGUUUGCUUGUUUGUUCAUUCUCGUAUUUGGUCAACAGCUCGUCUGUGACCACUGAACAAACACUCAGUUUGGCGUUGAUUUGAUUAGAAGUACUUCCAAAUAUUUGAAUGUAUUGAAUUUAGUUUACAUGUGCAGUUUUAACGCACAAGUAGAUGUGUUGCUACAAUAUAAUAAUUUGGUGUUGUUUGGCCUGUGCAGUCAUUUUCAAGUCUGCAUGAACAGUUGACAGACAGCCAGUCUGGAUACUUUUCCUGAACUUUUUUGUGUUAACAACAAAAACCAAACAGCACCCCCUUUGAAACCAGUCAUUUGUCUUUACUUGUGAUGCUGACAACCAGUUAAGGGCUUGACAGACAGACUGACUGAUAGCCUUCACACACGGGCUGGGUUUCAGUGUGUUGAUGUACUGUGUUGAUGUGCUGUAGUUUGACUGUAGUUUGAUUUCAUUCCAAAAAUAAUUACGUUUGAAAAUACUGACCCUAAAAAGCAUACAAUUAAAAAAUCAUUUGUUCUUAUGAAACCUAAUCUUAAGACAUUUGCUAUAAAAAAAAAGUACAUUAAUCUUGGUACCGCUUUAAAAUAACCCAUACCAAUUUGUCACUAAUGACUUCAUUAACGUUAAUAGAUAAUUAUGCAUUGAGAAUGCAUUGAAUGCAUUGAAGUUCAUGAUUGAUCUGCUAUUAUGCAUUAAUUAGGUCCCUCUGGUUAUUUAACAAUAUAGCAAUAUAAAAACAAUAUGGUUCUUACAACUGCACUUGUUUUUUAACAAUGGGUCAAAUUAUUACGUGGGAUUUGAAAUAUGUGGCUCAUAGUGACAAACACCCAGAAAAGGAUCACUCAACUUUUCAGUUCCCUUCAGGUCCUUGUUUUGGUGUAAGGGCCCGUAACUUUACCAAUUUGGGUUCACUCUGAUGGCCCUCAUCAGCCAUCGCAAACAGCUGAUUUCAUCUGAAAACCCAGUGUACUCUACCUGCUCAGCACCAGACAGCAGACAGACGCCGUUAGCAACCACCUGAGGAACAUAGUGGAGCAUUUAGCAGCUAAAGAGCCAGAUAUUUACCUCAGGAGUUGGUGGAGACUCAAACAGAGCAAAAAUGAGAGUGGAUAUAGGACUCAAUUCAUAAGGUGGCCAGUAACACAGCUCAACUUGAAUGAUAGUGUUGUUAUUAAGAUCUGUAGUGUAAAUAAGAUAAAUAUAUAAGAUAUAGUGUAGAUGAACCAAAGGGAUCCUUCAACCAAAUAUGCCAACACAAAGACUAAUUUACUUUAUUCAUUGUAAUAGCAUCUUGCUGAUCUUUUUUAAAUAUUUAAUAAAGUUUAGUGACAACUUAAAAUGUUUUUUUAUUUUAAUUAUACUUUAUUUUGAUAUGGUACUGUGUUUUUUACAUUUGGAAAAUGGAUUCCAAAAUUAGUCUUUUCAAAAUGUAUUUACUUUUUUGGAAUGAAAUGUUUGAUUUUUUUUUUUUACUGAAACUGGAGGGUCAAUGAUCUUGUAUCUGCUGUUAGGGUUAGGGGGCAACCUCUACUAACUCAAAAUGCUCUUUGCCUUGUAGUGUUGGUAGCCUAAUUAAUGCAAUCAUGUGAAUCUAAACUUUUCCUAAAUGGUAUAUUGAUGCCUCUUUCGCUUGCAGCCUCCACAGAGAGGUUAAAGGUCAACCGAUUCCCAGCUUACUGCUCACUGAUUGAACUGAACUUGGAAAUAUUUGUCUGAAAGAGAACGUUAAAAACAAAAUCACUGCCAAAACUAAAAUGUGAAGAAAUUGUGAUUUUUUUGGGGGAGGUUGCUGUUAACUGAAACCAACACAAGUGAUGCUUGUUCUGAAGUCACAAUUUCAAUGUUCACAGCCAUGUUCAGCAGCUUUUUUUAAUCUUUCAUCACCAACUAUCCCGUCAUUCUUACAGUUUACACGUUUUCCUAAAGUCUCUUUUAAAAACGCUGGUUGUUCUGUAAGUCUUGAACUUGUUCCUGUGUGUUUUUACCUGUACCUCUGUAUCUGUGUCGGCCGGUGUUUGUGACAGUGUAACGAUGGUUCCUCUGACCUUGACUAGUCGUGGUUAGAGAUUAGGAGCUGUUUGGUCCAUCAAUAAUCUCUGUCAGUGAUCAGCAGUGUCUUUUCUCUCCACCGUCCUCAGAUAUACCUCUGACGAUGAGAGAGUCUUCUUCACCAGGCUUCCACAAGCUUAGCUUUCUAAAGUCAUGUGAAAUGAUAUUGUUCCCAUUCCCUAACAGCUUGUAAAUUCCGCUGUGUGUCCUCGUGGGAACAGGAUUUGCCUAUAAAAGCAGUAGAUUUCUGCUCCGCUCAGAGCGUCCUAAGCUUGUGGACUUGUGUAGAGUAUUUUGCACAUUCCAUUGUUUCUUCAGCAGCAGUCUUCAGCUUUUUUGCCUUUUGCCUAUAACAAUAAUUAUGAUAAACUAUAAUGCUUGUACAUAUCAGAUAGUACUUGUUAUAUUAGUUCUGUUCUUUGUAUUAAUUUGACAUGUUUUGUAGUACUGCUUUUUCAUGAUUACUUUUGUCAAUCAAACAGAUGUGGAGAUGAGAAGUGUUCAUUGUUUCAUUUGUUUUUUUAAAUAAAAAUAUUCCUGAUUUGUAA